ACAGAAACAAGUGUUGCUGUUGCAGUUAUGGAGAAGUAUUUGGGAUUACAAUAUUUUACUGCAGAAGAGUUAAAGGGGGUGUUGAAUGGUAGUGUCCUGUCCUCCCAGGCCGUUGGCCUGGUGUUGAUUAGAUCAGGUUAAAUUAACGGAAUGGGAUGGUGUUUCUUUUUAUGAGUAGGAUUAAAAGUUAGCGGGAUAAUUUGUAUUUGUUAUAUCACAAAGUAUAAUGACUUUAUUCUCCGGUUCAAUUGGUUGCGGUAAUGCAACAUUAUAUCGGAUGCCAACCGCCGUUAAACCCCACCAAAGAAGAAGAAAGUGAACGGAAACCGGAAAGGGUCAGUGGGUCCUACAGAAUCGGCGUGUUCAUUUCAAACCUGUAGUACAAGAGAGGACGAGCACGAGAAAGAAGCUUCCCCGUCGAGAAACUUCAGUCUACAAAUCAACAUUGAUGGAGUGGCAGCCGGACGAACAGGGACUCCAGCAGGUCCUCCAGCUCCUCAAGGACUCCCAGUCCCCCAACACGGCCACACAGAGAGCCGUGCAACAAAAACUUGAACAGCUCAACCAGUUCCCUGACUUCAACAACUAUCUAAUCUUUGUGCUCACAAGACUGAAAACUGAAGAUGAACCCACUCGUUCUCUGAGUGGUCUGAUCCUGAAGAACAAUGUGAAGGCCCACUACCAGAACUUCCCCCCGGCCGUGGCUGACUUCAUCAAGCAGGAAUGCCUCAACAACAUAGGCGACCCGUCUCCCCUCAUCCGCGCCACUAUCGGUAUCCUGAUCACCACGAUCACUUCUAAAGGGGAGCUGCAGACCUGGCCAGAGCUGCUGCCCCAGCUGUGUAACCUGCUCAACUCUGAGGACUACAACACCUGUGAGGGCUCGUUUGGAGCCCUGCAGAAGAUCUGCGAGGACUCGUCGGAGCUGUUGGAGAGCGACGCACUCAACCGCCCGCUCAACAUCAUGAUCCCCAAGUUCCUGCAGUUCUUCAAGCACUGCAGCCCUAAGAUCAGAUCUCAUGCCAUCGCCUGUGUGAACCAGUUCAUCAUCGGCAGAGCCCAGGCCCUGAUGGACAACAUCGACACCUUCAUCGAGAGCCUGUUUGCGCUGGCUACAGACGAGGACUCUGAGGUGAGGAAGAACGUGUGCCGGGCUCUGGUCAUGCUGCUGGAGGUCCGUAUCGACCGGCUGAUCCCUCACAUGCACAGCAUCAUACAGUACAUGCUGCAGCGCACACAGGACCCGGAUGAGAAUGUUUCUCUGGAGGCCUGUGAGUUCUGGCUCACCCUGGCUGAGCAGCCCAUCUGUAAAGAGGUGCUCUCUGGACACCUGGUGCAGCUCAUUCCUAUCCUGGUGAACGGCAUGAAGUACUCUGAGAUAGACAUUAUCCUGCUGAAGGGUGAUGUGGAGGAGGACGAGGCUGUGCCAGACAGUGAGCAGGACAUCAAGCCUCGCUUCCACAAGUCCCGCACCGUCACCCUGCAGCACGAGGGCGGAGAGGGCGAGGAGGGAGAGGACAUCGAUGAAGACGACGAUGAUGAUGACGAUACAUUAUCUGACUGGAACCUACGCAAGUGUUCGGCGGCAGCGCUGGAUGUGCUGGCCAAUGUGUUCCGAGACGAGCUGCUGCCUCACCUGCUGCCCCUGCUCAAGGGCCUUCUCUUCUCCCCUGACUGGGUCACCAAGGAGUCUGGCAUCCUGGUGCUGGGGGCCAUCGCUGAGGGCUGUAUGCAGGGCAUGGUGCCCUACCUCCCGGAGCUCCUCCCCCACCUCAUUGCAUGCCUGUGUGACAAGAAGGCCCUGGUGCGCUCCAUUGCCUGCUGGACCCUGUCCCGCUACGCCCACUGGGUGGUCAGCCAGCCCCCAGACUCCCACCUCAAACCCCUGAUGACCGAGCUGCUCAAGAGGAUACUGGACGGCAACAAGAGGGUGCAGGAGGCCGCCUGCAGUGCGUUUGCCACCCUGGAGGAGGAGGCGUGUACAGAGCUGGUGCCCUACCUCAGCUUCAUCCUGGACACGCUGGUGUUCGCCUUCGGCAAGUACCAGCACAAGAACCUGCUCAUCCUCUACGACGCCAUCGGAACGCUCGCCGACUCCGUAGGACACCACCUCAACCAGCCUGAGUACAUCCAGAAGCUGAUGCCUCCCCUUAUUGCCAAAUGGAAUGAGCUGAAGGACGAGGACAAGGAUCUCUUUCCACUUCUGGAGUGCCUGUCGUCGGUGGCCACGGCCCUGCAAAGUGGCUUCCUGCCCUACUGUGAGCCUGUCUACCAGCGCUGUGUAACCCUGGUCCAGAAGACCCUCGCUCAGGCCAUGAUGUACAACCAGCACCCUGACCAGUACGAAGCUCCUGACAAGGACUUCAUGAUUGUGGCCCUGGACCUGCUGAGUGGCCUGGCCGAGGGCUUGGGGGGCAGUGUGGACCAGCUGGUGGCCCGCAGCAACAUCAUGACCCUGCUCUUCCAGUGCAUGCAGGACCCUAUGCCAGAGGUAAGACAGAGCUCCUUUGCCCUGCUGGGUGACCUGACCAAGGCCUGCUUCCCUCAUGUCAAACCCUGCAUUGCCGAGUUCAUGCCGAUCCUGGGCCUGAACCUGAACCCAGAGUUCAUCUCUGUGUGUAACAAUGCUACCUGGGCCAUUGGUGAGAUCGCCAUGCAGAUGGGGAGAACUGACAAGAAGGAUGAAGGAGAUUGCUCAGGAGCAGACAUGCAACCCUAUGUUGGGCUGGUCCUCAACAACCUGGUGGAGAUCAUCAACAGACCUAACACACCCAAGACCCUCCUGGAGAAUACAGCCAUUACGAUCGGCAGGCUGGGCUACGUGUGUCCACAGGAGGUGUCUCCCAUGCUGCAGCAGUUUAUCAGACCCUGGUGCACAUCGUUGAGGAACAUCAGGGACAAUGAGGAGAAAGACUCUGCGUUCCGUGGAAUCUGCAUGAUGAUUGGAGUCAACCCCGCUGGAGUGGUUCAGGACUUCAUCUUCUUCUGUGAUGCUGUGGCCUCCUGGGUUAGUCCUAAGGACGAUCUGAGAGACAUGUUCUACAAGAUCCUCCAUGGCUUCAAGGACCAGGUGGGCGAGGAGAACUGGCAGCAGUUCUCAGAACAAUUCCCCCCUCUGCUGAAGGAGAGGCUGUCGGCCUGCUAUGGCGUGUAGUUCCCCUCGCCGACACAGGACACGCCUGUCAGGUUUAAUCUACGGGAGGGUUACUGGGGGAACUCAUCCAUCUGUGUUACUGCACUGCCCUGAUCGUGGGGGCAGGAGGAGAGGGACUGGCCCUGGCUCCUGUCCAUUCAGACUACAAGUCCCACGACCCUGUGUGUCUCUGUGAGGGUGGGUGGGAGGGAGGGUUACUGGGAGGGAAACUGGGGAGAAAGCCUCUGGAUUUCAAACGCCAAACUUAAAUCCGACGACAUACUCCGAUGUAACCAAAGCCACAGGUUUCUGUAAGAGGGGGAGGGAGGGUAGGAUAAGCAUAUGCAGGGGUCGGCUGCGAACGGCCCUAAAUCCAUUCGAUAACUCUUUAGAUACCAAGGUUAGAGGAGAGCUGUGGUGGGAGGGCGGGCGGGGUGGCAGCAACCCCGGAAUAAAUCAAUUAAGGAGAAAUCUAAAAACCAGCCCAGCCACAGUUUAAAAACACAACUCACAUAAUAUGUAGACUGGCACACUUAGACUUAGUUCAGGAAGGGAAGGUAGUUGCCCUGGCCCGAACGACCAAUCGGUGCACAAGCACUUUGCAUUCAUUCUACAAUAGUCAUUUGAUAAUCUAUACAAAGGCUGUGGGAGGGAUACUGAAGUAGCGCUAAUGUUUUAUAAUAGCUUCCCGAAGGCUAGCCUCAGAGGGGAAAACAUGAAAUGCUUUUCAACGUAAUAACGGGGAGAGUUCUAGAAGUGUCAUUUGCACCUUUACUUCUCAAGCGUUCAUAGACAGUACAGUACCAUACCUGUUCAUAUUGGGACAUAUUCUCUAUUAAACAGGUCUAUUUAGACAGGUUUUCUUCCUUUUCCCACAUUUGCUGAAUUCAUUUUACUUUUUUAAAUUCAUAUUUUUUUUUAUUUUUUUUUAGAAAUUCUAAUUUAAAUGUAGUCUUUUUUUUUCCUUUCAUAGUUUUUACUACAACACACAAUCCUUCCAGGAAUCAUUUUACUGUAGUGCUGACAAAGGUCAUUUUUCCAAUAAGGGAUUGAUUGGUUUGCAUGGCAAUGAUAACCUCUUAAGUUAAGUGACGUGUAUCUCAUUGUUACAAGUAGAUUUUUAGAUUUAGAGUCAAUGGUAGUCAGCUUAUCGUUGUAACGUAACAACACCAGGUUAUUUAGCCACCCCAUCGUACUUAUUCUGUGACCAGCCCUCCCCGUCACCUAACAAACCGGACGGGUGGCUUUCUAUAGUGUCGAGAUCCAGCGAUGCCAUAGUUCAGAGACGCAAGAUUCAAUCCAUCUUAUAGAAGAAUCACAUCCCUGCAACCAGUCAUAAUCCCUUUUGCUGCUACUUUUGUUUUUCUAGUAUUUACAAUGGUCUAGAGCAUCAAGGCUUCAGGAAGAACUUUAAAAUAAAUCAGUGGCUGGUUCUAAUUGAUAUUAUGCACUUGUUUUUUUUUUACAACUGUUAUGGCUUGCUGAAGUAAGAGACGAUAUAAAUAAGAUAUUGUAUAAGCAAUGGUCAAAAUUAGAAUUUUAGGUUAAGCCUAACGCCGCCGUUCAUAUGCUUGGUUUAAAAGUAAGGCAUGCAAUCAGAUGGAAUAGAUUUAAAGGGUAAGGAGAGGACCAUAGAUUUAAAGGGUCAAUCAGCAUUUUGAACAAUACCAAACGGCUAAUCCGCCACUGAUGUGGUAAACAGCUGAGGGAGGAGGCUGGAGAAAUGUAACGACUCUCAACCUCAUGGACAGAGUAAUGGAUACAGGGACCGACUGUCCAUUAUAUCAAGAUUAUCGUUUUAACCAUGUUUUGAGGCUAUACAGUGUUUGUAUACAUUAUUAACAAACAGGACUAAAAAAGCUUAUUUUGGGUUCUGACAGUUGAGCUAAACGCAUUAGGCAUAUGUUAUAGUCAGGAAUCAAUGGGUAUGAUUUAAUUUGAAAGCCCUUUUAAAGGGGAAGGACUGACAGACAUCAAGUAUUUUGGAUCAAAUGUACUUCCCACCAGUGUUUCCAGACAGUCCAACAGAAAGACCAGCCUUUUCUACGUGAGCAGAAUGAUGAGUAUGUAGGGGGGAAUGAAAUGAGUCCACGAAGAUGGAAAAAGACCUUGACUAGUCAGUUGGCUAUCAUAAUAAUACAUAUCUCGUCCAUGGUCCCGAACAACCUUGAGUUGCAUGCUUUUCCAUAAUCGCUUUAUUUGACUAUCAUCUUAUUAAAGGCGGAUACAUGCCCUUCUAGGGGGACGUCUUUAAGAGCUUCAUCAAUUGCAACGCACCCACGCAUGCUGUGAUAAUAAAAGUGGGCGGCUAUCUUUAGUAGAAGUCUGAAAAGUCCAGGUAAAACUGGCUCAAGUACCGUUGGUGGUGGCUGUUGCCAUUUGCUGUUUUCCUCAACCCGUUGAUACUGUGUAGGAUAUGUCUGGGUAUUAUACUGAUCCUAAUUCUCUUUCUGUUUCUCCUGAGGUUGGAUACAUUAACAUUCGUGAGGGAGUGAUUGUCUUGUAUUUUGUCAAUGUCUGGCGGUCUGUCACGUCGGACUAUUUCGUUGUGUGUCUGUACUUUACUGUAAGCGUGUCUGUAUUUUACUGUAAGUGUGUGUGCCGUUUAGACUCAACUUUGCACCGGCCCUCCCGCAAGGUGAUGGACAUGUAGCUCACACCUGAGAUAUUGGAGACACCCUGUGUAUCAUCAACACUUGUCAUAUUUUACCAUCUUAGUUUGUGAUUGCCAGUCGUACAUCAGUUCUCUUUCAAAGCUUAGCUGAGAUUUAGCGAGUCAAUGAAUCUAUGGAAAUCUUUAUCUUACGCCGCACCACGAAAAUAGAUAUUGAAAAUGUGAAGAAAACACUGCCUUAAGCAUCAGGCGUACCUGUGAAAAUGCAAUUUCAAUGAGGCUGUAUACAGAUGUGUAUUUAUCCAUAUAACGUGGAUUUUAACACCAACCCACUUGUACGUAAGUGGUUGAUUGGACAGUAUUUUGAAUCUUUACACACUUUUGUAAACCACUUCCACACUUAGAGGGUGACACUUUAAUCAUAUCCUAAAGGGGUAAACUGAAGUGGAUGGGUGUCUGGUCCACCAAGGUUGAGAGUAGGAUAGGUGUGCACAGAGAUACUAUCUAAUUGCCACAGUCCUUGCACUGCUCCCAAUGUGAUACUGGUCCUAUCAGGAAGAAUUGGGUCAAAAUGUUGAACGGUGGUAAAUCUCCUCUUAAAUCGGAGUAGCGAAACAUUGAUCUCAAAACCAUCUAUUAUUCUCAAGUUUAACAGUGUUCCACAAGUUGAGGCAUUUUACUUUUUUCCAAGGCUGAGAUGUUCAUUUUGUUUUUUUAUUUAUGUUCAUUUUUAUUUUAAAUUACUUUUUGUUUUUGUGCAGAAGCGCACAAAGUUUUUUUUAGACUUUAAAAGUUUUUUCCCUGUAAUGUUCUUUUUAUUUAAAGAAUUUUUUUGUUUUCGUUGUUUUAUAGCGGACCAUUUGAUUUUGUCAAUUUUAAUGUAAAGUGGUAGUACUGAGAGGGGGAGACAGAGCGUGGUGCAUACCUGGGGAAAGAAGGGAAGAAUUGUGAGAACUGUAUUUUUGUUUCAAUCUAGAUAUCAGCCUUGAGGAAUGAAUUUCAUGUAGUACUGGUAUUUUUUCCCUCAACUGUGGUGCAGGUGGGAUGUUAACUGAUGUAUCACUUUCUAGUUUACUUUUGUGAAUGGGGAAAUAAAAGGUUUUCUAUCAAGCUGGGAAUAAA